CGCGCCAAAUUUGCUUCCAUCAUGGCAAAAUUUUUGUGAGUUCUCUUCAUUUUUCAAUUAAAAGUGUAUUGUAAAAGACUUGAAGAGCAACCUCUCCGUCUUAUUUCGAUGGAUCACAGGGAAGAACCUGAUUUCUUACUGAGCGGGCAAACUGUAGGAGCCGACGAGAGUGAUGAAGAAAUUGAAGUUACUGCCGCUGAGGUUCUCGUUCAACUUGAAAAUGCCUGGAUGAACGAAAAAUUUGCUCCUGAGCUUUUGGAAAGCAAAGCAGACCUCGUAGAGUGCAUGCUAGAUCAGAUCAAAGAAAUGGAAGGAAAUUUAAAGAAAAUAAAGCAGGGAGAUGUUGUAGCAUCACUGCAUAAAUUAGAGAUUGACAGAAUACGAUUUGUACUGAGUAGUUACACAAGAACAAGGUUAGAAAAGAUUGAAAAGCAUGUUGUCCAUGUGCUUGAACAGGAAGCAGCAAGAGAAGAAAAUGAACCCUCAUGUUUGUCUCCAGAAGAACUUCAGUAUGCCAAGGAAUAUGCAGACAACAUGGAAGGUCUGUUGAAAUCAUUGGCAUUGCAACACAUGCCAGCCAACAUGCAGAAUAUUGAUAGAAAGAAAGCAGUUCCACGGCCAAACAUGGACAAAUAUGUGUUUUUAAAGGUUCUGGAAAAUCAGGAACAAAUCAUGAUAGAUCCUGAUGAGGAACCCAUUGACUUAGAGGACAGAGCACAAUAUAUCAUGCGUUACAGCGCUGUAGCACCACUUCUCACCAAUGGAUCCGUAUCUCUUCUGUGAUACUUGGAUGAACUGUGUUUUGUCUGUCUACUUUGACUGAGAUGUUUAAUGUUUACAAACAGUGAUUGCAGACAAAAGAUUUUCGGCUGCGAUUUUAACUUUGUAGGUUGCUUGAGGGAACUGGAUAGCCGAGAGGCUUCGCGUAAGAAAAUUCAUGAGCGUAAUUUUAUUCACUUUCCUCAAUUCCUAUUUUCAAGCAAGUUUCCCUCGACGCCUUAUUACAGUAUAACUAUUGUUUUCUUUAUUACAAGUGAAAACGGUUUUUUCUUUCUUUGAAAGAGAGAAGACUCAUCAAUACUUCAAUUCUUUUUGGUCACUGGAGUUAAAAAUCUUUGCUCGCCAGACUCUCCAUUCCUGUACAACGUAGUGCCCUUUGCAACAAUCCUAUGGAGAGAGAGAUUGCGUGCAACUUAGACCAAAAGUUUUGCUGCUCUCCAACACCUGAGAGGAGAUAGAGGUGUUGAAACCCAUAUUGCAUAUUUAGGGAGAGUGUCUCCCUUUUUUCUUCGGCUCAAGAACGUCGUUUUUUUCUGCUUGUCGCAACGUGCCAAUUUUUGAAGUAUUAUUUUGCAAGAUAUAGCUGAUCUCCUCUAUUAUGCAACCAGCGAAUUUUGACCGAAUUUUGGAAAAUAUAGCACUUUGAUGUAGUUAUUACAAGAACGGAAACUUUGGGAAAUUUAUACAAAAGUUUUUGUACUAAUUAACAUCAGUAUGGCUGAGUGGAACUAAUUUCAAAAGCGUCCAAUAGAGUCCUUAGGUUUUAAA